AUGGCGCGACGAUACGACUCUCGUACAACCAUCUUCUCGCCUGAAGGCCGACUUUUCCAGGUCGAAUAUGCCAUGGAAGCCAUCUCUCAUGCUGGCACUGCUCUCGGUGUUCUUUCCACUGAGGGUAUUGUUCUUGCUGCUGAGCGCAAGACCAGCAGCAAGUUGCUGGAAAACAUCUCUCGAGAGAAGAUUUACAGGCUGAACGACACUACUUGCUGUGCAGUUGCAGGUUUGAAUGCAGAUGCCAAUACUCUGAUUAGCUACUGUCGUGUUCAGGCACAAAAAUACUUGUUUCGUUUCAAUGAGCCAAUCCCUGUUGAGCAGCUUGUUCAGAAUCUGUGUGAUAUGAAACAAGGCUAUACCCAAUAUGGCGGUCUUCGUCCAUUUGGUGUAUCACUUCUUUAUGGUGGUUACGAUGAGCACUUUGGCUUCCAGCUGUACCAUUCCGAUCCAUCUGGAAACUACAGUGGAUGGAAAGCCAUGUGUAUCGGUGCAAACUCUACAAAUGCCACUAGCUUACUCAAGCAGGACUACAAAGAGGAAAUGACUUUGAAAGAAGCCAAAGCACUUGCAAUCAAGGUACUUGCCAAGAGCAUGGACUCGACCACACUUGGAAGCGACAAGCUUGAAUUUGCCACACUUUCUCGAGGACCAAAGGGAAAUAUUGUGUAUCAUGCUUUUACUCCUCAAGAGAUUGACGCAUUGAUUCAAGAAGAAGGCUUGCUUACAAAUCCACAAACCUAAAUGCUGAUAUUCAAUUUUGGAUCUAAACCGUGUUAUCUGGUUAUUGUUAUUCAAAGUGGUUGAAUAAGUUUAUUUCGAUAAUUAAAAGUGCGUGUCUUAU